GAUUAUUAAAUUUUAUAAACUACCUAAUUACAGAAACAAGAACACCAUUACCAGGGUUUUGGAGAUCAAAAUAUAUGCAAAGGGGGGGAAACAAAAAAAAAAAAGAAAAGAGUGAUAAUACGUAGCUGAAUCUUAACUGUCCUUAACCUUUAAAUUGAUGAAUUCCCCAUAGAAAGUUAUAGUAUGGACGGUUAUGAUUCAUGCCUCACAAAAAAUUCAUGUAAAAUUUGUCUGUAAGAAUCAUUAUCCCAAAAAAAAUUCCUUGCUAUUGAGUUUUGUUUUUUCUUGAAAUUUAUAUUUGAAAAAAAAAAUUCAUUUAUGAUUUGCUCUCCGCAAACAAUAAGAAGAUGAAUAAAACCGCAAAUUUUGUGCCUUCCAGAUUCACAUUGGCCCAAAUUAUUUUUAUCUUAAAUGGGCCUCGAUAAGAUUCGUAUAUUUGGGUAGGAUAUUACAUAAAUAUAUAUGGGCCUCUAGUGAGAAUCCUGAGCAAUGAGAGAAUGAUGGAGGGAAACGUCGCCGGAGAAAUACCCUGCUCUUCCAUCGCCGUCGACGCCGUCUUGCGCAUUGGCACUGCUGGCUUAAUCUGGGGUGCUUGUUCUGCAUCUCAUGAUUCUAUAGAUUUGGGCUUAAAGGGACUUUCUCGGGCAUCUUUCGUGGCUAAGUCGGUUGGUCGAUAUGGCUUUCAAUGGGGAUUCUUUGCAGCCCUUUUUUCUUUUACGAGCUGUGCGGUGCGAAGGUAUAGAAGGCAAGAGGAUUGGGUAAAUGGUCUGGCCGGAGGCAUGGUAGCUGGGGCAGCUAUUGCUGCUGGAACCCGGAACUGGAAGCAGGUUGCUGGAGUUUCUGGUCUCGUUUGUGCCUUGUACCAGGCUGCUGAUGAUCGCAGAACAACUUAGUAUAUUUCACUGGGAAUCAUCUAGGCUGACCAAACAAGAUGAAUCAUUAUAAAUGCAUUCUUCAGCUACAUCGCAACGUUAACUGAGUUGCGUGGUCACUGGUCAGUAUACAUCGCCUUUUUCUUUCUCUUUGUGAGGAUUUGAAAUGCAUACACUAUAACCAGAGGUAGGGAGGUUUGUUUUGUAUCCUUCCAAUUUUAUUGGAUGCCUCUGAAGGGUGGAUAGGGAGAUUUGUUAUAUAUUGCAUCAGGUAGGAUUUAGACUUCGGACAAACUCAAAGUGACUCCUCGUAGAGACUGAUGGUCAUCAACAUGAUACUGAUAAAUUAGAUCGAAAGAGACUAAUAGCCUCGCCUAUCUUUAUCAGAAUUCACAGGGAACUUGUAACUGGAAUGUAUCACUAUCCUAUUUUUCUCCCUCUCACAUUUGUUGUUGAGAAAGAUCAGGAUUAUGCUUUCUGACUUUCAGAAACAUGGUUCUGUUAUUUCUUUCUACUUGGAUAUGUUGUUGCUGAUACCUUCCAUUAAAAUGGUUGUAAAUUGUUAGCAGAGCUGUUUUUACUUCAGUUCACUACUUCUAUGUUCUUGAUUAAAGUUGGUUUUUCGAAAGGAUUCGUCCGGCUUGAAUAUAGAUUCAUUCAAACACUACCUUUAUUAGUAUAUACCAGAUUGUAGUAUACAGUGUAGUUUGUGAUUUGUAGUAAAAUCAUAGAAAUCUCAAAUUACAAUGUGAUAUUUUUAGGACGGAGGAGUACUUAUUUGCCAAUUUGGAAUCUUCCCAAUCUCCUGGAGAAGUGCGAAUAAUGUCGUUGAAUACGUGAAUGGAAUUGCCGAGUCAGAAGCCAAUCCAAAAACGUGGUCGUCGUCAUAAUGCCCAGCCACAUUUCUUGUUUUCUCGAAAUAUACAUAUACAUUAUCCAUAUAAUAAUAUAUUCCAAAAUUAUUUGCGACUAUUAUCCAAGAAACAAAUUUUUUUAAAAAAAUCAUGUAUUAGC